AUGGCUUCAAAAGCUUUGCUUCCACAACCACUUUCUCCAUAUAUUUGCCAUGAUCCAAAGAGUGUUGUUUCUUCCAAAGGUUCUUCUUCUUCGUCUCAGUUCAGAAGGGUUGUAGGUUCGGUUUCAGAAAGGUCAAAUCCCAAGUUUCGUGUUUCAGAAGAUUCAACAAUGGAUGAACAUGAAGGUUCCAUUAUUACAUCGGUGAUUGGUAUUCUAAGUGGUUAUAUAGGAAGAUACGUAAAAGAUGAUAGUUUCAGGAGAACUAUAAGAGACAAAUGUAAUUCGUUUUUGUUCAAUAACGAUAACGAUAACGAUAAUGAUAAUGAUAAUGAUGAUGAUGAUGAAAGCUUUGUGAAAAUGGAGUUUUGUAUGGAGAAAAUUGACAAAUUGAUAGAAGAUCAUCAAAGAACAAUGAUGAAAAGCUUAAGAAACUCCAUUGAGGUUUUAACCAAAAUAGCUUCGUCUAAAUCUUAUCUUUCAUCUUGUGCUGAACUUUACUUAGCAAUAUCUUAUAAGUUACUCAAAAAUGAUAGAGUUUCUUCAAAGCAUUUGCUUCAAGUGUUUUGUUAUUCGCCGAAUUCGGCUAGAACUUAUCUUCUUUCCGACCUUUGGGAGCAUUUGUUUCUUCCUCAUGUUCUUCAUCUCAAGAUUUGGUAUACUAGUGAAUUCGAGUUUCUUUCGAAUGAAGUUCAUGUUGGCGAGAAGGAAAAGAAGAUGAAACUUUUGAACAAAGUUUACAAUGAGAAAAUGGAUGGUGGAACUUAUCUUUUUGCUAUGUAUUAUAAGCAAUGGCUUAAAGUUAGUGGUGCUAGUGUGCCUCCUCUUCCUAUUGUUCCUUUGCCAUCAAGGCCGAGUUCUAGAUCGUCGAGAAGAAUGUCUUCCGAUUCUACCCUUUCAAAUUCUUCAAUUAAUCCAAACUUAUACAAGGCGGUGUUUGGCCUCAAAGAAGAGAAGCAAAAACCUAUUAGUCUUGGUGAGCAAACCGGAAUUUCGACACUAAGCAAAGGAUUAGAGAUGGAUAAAAAACUAUAUGGCGAUGAUUAUAAAUACAGUUCGGUUCAGAAAGAAGACAUGUUAUCGUUUGGAAGAUCAUCGAACCGAAUUGACAAGAAUCAAGCUCAGAGAUUGGAUUAUUUUAAGUGCUUAUCUUGCAGGUUCAUACCAACAGAUAAUAGUAUGGCAAAAAUCAGUUAUAUCAAAUCUAAGAAUGCUUCUUCAAGUGUUCUUUCAAGUGAGUUAGUUGAAGCCAUUACAACUAUAUGUUCAUCCAAUAAUUUAACCGAAUGUGAAUUCGCUAUUCGCGUCGUUACCAAAGCUUGGUUGAACUCACCUGGUGAUCCUCUUAUAGAAGAAGCAUUGACACAAACUAGUAUAAUUGAAGGUAUCUUAGAGGUGUUAUUUGUCUCGACCGAAGACGAAAUUCUUGAGCUGAUUAUAUCAAUUUUAGCCGAAUUAAUUGCAAGAAACGACGCGAUUAGACAAAUCAUUCUGAAUUCUGAUCCUCAACUUGAAAUUUUUGUGAGGCUUUUAAAAAGUACUAGUCUUUUUCUUAAGGCUUCGGUGCUUCUUUAUCUGUCGAAACCAAUGGCGAAACAAAUGAUAUCGUCGGAAUGGGUGCCAUUGAUACUUAGAGUGUUGGAAUUCGGCGAUAAACUGCAGACGCUUUUCACAGUUCAAUGUAGUCCUCAGGUCGCCGCGUUUUACAUUUUGGAUCAACUUUUGAACGGUUUCGAUGAAGAUAAGAACUUAGAGAAUGCAAGACAAGUUCUUUCAUUGGGUGGAUUGACACUUUUAAUGAAAAGAGUUCAAGAAGGAGAGAUUCAUGAGAGGGAGAAUUCUGUUUCAAUGAUUUUAUGUUGCGUUCGAGCCGAAGGAAGCUGUAGAACCUAUUUGGCCGAAAAUAUUAACAAGAGUUCUUUGCUCGAACUCGUUGUUCUUGGAAGGAAACAAAGUUCAAGUCGCUACGCGUUGUCUUUGCUAUUUGAAUUGCUUUACCUUGAUAGAAGAACCAAGAUUACGAAUUUCUUGAGAGGACUUAAAGAUGGAUGGAGUGGAUUAAGCACAAUCCACAUAUUCUUCAUUUACCUUCAAAAGGCUUCACCCGACGAAAAGCCUUUAGUUGCGGUGAUACUACUGAUGCUUGAUCUUAUGGAAGAUAAUCAUGUCAAGGGGAGCAUAUAUAGAGAAGAAGCUAUUGAUGCAAUUGUAGCUUCCUUAAAUUGUCAAAUAUGUGAUGAUAGAGUUCAACAACAAUCAGCAAAAGCUCUACUUUUAUUAGGAAGCCAUUUCUCUUAUGCAGGAGAAUCACUUAUGGAAAAGCUGCUUUUACAAAAAGCAGGUUUCCAAGAAUUUUCCUUGCAAGAUUCAUUUCCUAUUUACAAGGAGGAAGAAGAAGCUGAAAGCUGGCACAAAAAAGCAGCUUAUGGCUUAUUCAAAAGUGGAAAUAAGAAAUUUCUAUCUUCACUUGCAAAUUGUGUAGACAAUGGUAUCCCUUGUUUGGCACGUGCAAGUCUUACAACUAUUUCAUGGAUGAGUAGCUAUCUCCACUUAGUUGAAGAUUCAAAGUUUUCAUCAAUGGCUUUCUCAAUCUUAAUACCACAUUUGCUUCAAUCAUUGAAUUAUGAUAAUGAUGUUGAAGAAAGAGUUCUAGCUUCAUAUUCUUUGUUGCAUCUUACAAAAAAUUUAGGAUGUAUUUCUACCCUACCGUCGUUAAAUAAAGAUUCAAUCACACAUCUGAGAAAUCUCUCUCUAGUGACAUGGACUGCAAACGAGCUUAUAUCAAUAUUCACAAAGAAAAACAUCUAA